UGCGCGCUAGUUUUAUGCGACUAUAUACUUUUAUACUAUAUAUAUAUUUCUGACAUUUCCGGUCUUACGAGUCAGCUGAUCAAUUUCAUUCCUGUCUACCUGAUAGUUCUCAUAGUAAUGUCUGGAAAAGAAAAACUUGCAAUUUUCCCUUCCCGGGGAGCACAAAUGUUAAUGAAAUCCCGUUUACAUGGGGCACAGAAAGGUCAUGGUUUGUUAAAAAAGAAAGCAGAUGCAUUGCAAAUGCGUUUUAGAUUAAUUUUGGGUAAAAUUAUUGAGACAAAAACUCUUAUGGGAGAAGUAAUGAAGGAAGCAGCUUUCUCAUUGGCUGAAGCUAAAUUUGCAACUGGAGAUUUUAAUCAAGUAGUUCUUCAGAAUGUGACAAAAGCACAGAUUAAAAUUAGAUCUAAAAAAGAUAAUGUUGCUGGUGUUAAUCUUCCAGUAUUUGAAUCUUAUCAAGAUGGUACAGAUACAUAUGAAUUAGCAGGCUUGGCAAGAGGUGGACAACAAUUGGCAAAAUUGAAAAAAAAUUAUCAAAGGGCAAUCAAAUUAUUAGUGGAAUUAGCAUCUUUACAAACAAGUUUUGUAACUUUGGAUGAAGUUAUUAAAAUUACAAAUCGUCGUGUAAAUGCUAUUGAACAUGUUAUCAUUCCAAGAAUUGAGAAAACACUUGCUUAUAUAAUUUCUGAAUUGGAUGAAUUAGAAAGAGAAGAAUUCUAUCGAUUAAAGAAAAUUCAAGAUAAGAAGAAACAAGCAAAAGCUAAGCUUGAGGCAGCUAGAGCAGAGAUGAUAGCUUCCGGUAAAGAUGUAGAAGCUGCAAAUAUGCUUGAUGAAGGAGAUGACGACAUUUUAUUUUAAACAUUGUACACAAUUUAUUUUCACAGUCUAUAGUAUUAAAAAAUUGUUUUAAUUUUGAAUGAAUGUGUUAAUGAAUGAAUCCAGUGAAAUAUGAGAAUAUAUUUAAUACUUUCA